AAACUGCUGUUUUUUUAUAAUUUUAUAGGUCAUGUCGCAUCACAGCGAUGAUCACCUUCUGCAGGCAGGAAGUGAUUCUUUCUGGGAACCUGGCAAUUAUAAACGCACCACCAAACGUAUCGAAGACGGAUACAAGCUUUGCAAUGACUUGCAGACUCUAAUACAAGAACGUGCUGAUAUAGAAAAGGGUUACGCAAAGAGUUUACGUGCGUGGUCGAAGAAAUGGGGUGAACUAAUCGAGAAAGGUCCCGAAUAUGGUACUACGGAAGCUGCAUGGAAAAGCGUACUCACCGAAUCUGAACGCAUCAGUGACGUACACAUGAAGAUCAAAGAAAAUUUAUGCAACGACGUGAGCAGCCAAAUAAAAGGUUGGCAAAAGGACAAUUAUCAUCACACGCUUAUGCAAAUCAAGCAACGCAAGGAUAUGGAAGAUUUGUUUAAGAAGGCGCAAAAGCCCUGGGCUAAGUUGCUAGCAAAAGUAGAGAAGACAAAGUCUGAUUACCAUGCUGCCUGCAAAACGGAGCGCAGUGCCACCAAUCAAGAACGGAAUGCCACGGCGGAUAGUUCACUGUCACCGGACCAAGUCAAAAAAAUGCACGAUCGUGUUCAGAAAACUAAAGAUCAAGUUGCAAAAUGUCGGGAGAAAUACGAGCAGGCCAUCGCAGAGAUUACCAAAUAUAAUUCGGUAUAUAUCGAGGAUAUGACUUCAGUGUUUGAAAAGUGCCAAGCCAUGGAGAGGACACGAUUGGUCUUCUUUAAAGAUGUUCUAUUCAAUAUUCACGCGUGCCUGGACCUCACCAAGGUGCAAUGUCUGCCGCAAAUAUACGAAGAGUUCUAUCACACCAUAAAUAAUGCAGAUCAGCAGAAGGAUCUGAAGUGGUGGUCAAAUAAUCACGGUGUAAAUAUGGCUAUGAAUUGGCCCUCAUUUGUCGAAUACACCGAAGAGUUCAGAGAUAUAGCAAAGGGCAGCAAAUCAAAGGAGGCUCUUCCAGCAGCAGCAAUCACACUUAUCAAUCAGCGUCCUGUUUCUGAGGACCCGCAUGAAUAUAACACGAAUAGCUUAAAGAAAUCAUCGGCAAAUUCGAGCAAAUCUAGUGGAAAAUCCAUGCCACAAGAAUCUGCGUCUUCGCCUACAACAGCGACAGCGUCAUCGGCUGCGGCGAUCGGUAAAAGCGCAAAUGCAGCAUCGGCUUCAAACAAUCGCAAUUCAAGCGUAACGAAUGGGAAUGGCAAAUCCGACGUCAAUCCAUUCGAAGAAGAGGAGGAAUGGGAUGAAGGCGAUAACGUGUUGGUGGAUAAUGGAGAAAAAGGUGUACCAGUCAAGGCUUUAUAUGACUAUGAAGGCGCAGAAGAUGAUGAGCUAACAUUUAAACAAGGUGAUGUCUUCGAGAAGCUUGAAGAUGAAGAUGAACAAGGUUGGUGCAAGGGACGUAUGAAUGGGCGCGUUGGGCUUUAUCCGGCAAAUUAUGUGGAACCACUACAUACGUAAAUAAAAUCAAAUCAUUUUUGAACUAAAAAAAAAAUUAGUAAAAAUUAAAAGCCAACCCGGGAAAAUUUAGGAAAGCCAAACAUGCUGCAUUCAUUUAACUCAACGCAAAAUAUAUUUAAAUUAUCAUA